AUGGCUGGAGCAGGCGGCCGUCCCAGCAAGAAGCCUCGACUUGUUCGACAUCCUGUCCCAGGUUCUGCUGGACAAUCCUCCCAGAACGUCCACCGCCAUCGAGUAUUCGCAAUUCAACCUACCGGACAAAUCAACCUGGAGACAAGAUAUCUUGAUGCUGUCCUACCGGUGGACAAUGUCUCAGAGACUCAUGAUGUUAGUGCUGACUGCUGCAAGACUGAUCCCUGGAAUGAGACCUAUAUAUCUCUUGACGCUGAACCUCAUGAGAUCUACGUUCUGACUGAAAAACAAAAGCAGAUGGUUAAAGAUUGUUUUUCAGUUGAUUUAUUUUGCCGUCUGUGCAUGAUCAAAUUCCACCAGAAUGUACCACUUCAUCGAGUCAAGCAAUGGCAGGACAGAUAUUUUCACCCUACAACUUUAAAACACCUUGGCCUGCACAUCCAAUUAGGAGAUCACACUGGCCAGUCCUGCUGCAAUCCCAAACCCGCACGAGAGGAUGAUUUUGUUGUAAUCGAUGUCCAUGGAAUACACGAGGUCGCGCUCGACUUCUGUAGCUGUGCGAAUGCACCAUCCCACUACAGACAACUUUUGCGUGGCCACUUCUUUCCAUCAACUUCAACAGAUCCGAGGACUGCAGCAACAUUUGCAGUUCUCGAACAUUUCCACCUCCUUUCGUUCGAGUCUAAAGUGUCGGCUUACGAGUUUUAUCAUUGCCUUGCAUGUCAAAGUGACAACACAGGCAUUAAGCCUAUCAAGGACCGCUACUCUGUCUUUUUAAGGAUCAUGAGACAGUGGCAGAAUCUCACAUCGUUGAAACGAUCAGGUCGCGGUCAUGACCCUGCAGGAGUUGAUGCAAUGCAACAAGGACAACUCGCAGUCCUGUGCCCUGCCUGUCCGCAGCUUGGAAAAAAUGUCCCUGAGGACUUAGCACAUGUCAGCUCAAAUGAACGAUGGCUUUACUCGCUAUUCUUGGCCAUUGACGCCAAUUUUCACCUUAAGCAUCGUCUCGUGUCAAACAAUAUCAAGGACCCUGGGCUCAGUCCUGGAUGGGGGUAUUUUGUGGAAGAAGGACAGUACAAGACAUACCUUUGCGAUCAUGCAGAUGUUAGGCAAGAGAAGAGCAUGUGCGUUAGCCACAAUGCCAUCAACAUGGCAGAUACCAAGCUUUCCAAAGGGCUUGUGGCAACCAGUGUAGGCUCAGUUGUUUGUGCGCGGCAUGACAUGCAGCUGGCAAGUGGUGUUGGAGAUUUGCAAAGAGGCGAAAAAUAUAUGAACAUGGAUUACAUUGUAUUCUCCGCCCUGUCUGCUUUUGCGUCCACUCCCAUAUGUGUUUCGACCCUUCCUUCGCAACUCCAACCCAAUCGCGUGCACACGGCCUUCAACUUCUUUGUGCUGAAGUUUCAUAUUGCUGCUCAUAUUGCUGCUUGCCAAACAAAUUUCUCCUUCAACUGGACACCGGGAGUCGGUCGAACAGAUGGGGAAGCGCCAGAACGUGGAUGGGCCGAUAUAAACCGCAUCACUGCAAGUACGAAGGAAAUGGGGCCCAGUAGUUGUCGAGAAGUUCUUGACGACCAUUUCGGCAAUUGGAACUGGAAGAAGGUGACUGCAUUCGGUUGUGUCUUACUCCACAAGAUCAAGGAAGCCAUCAAAGCCAAAACAGAACAUUGCCAUGCCCUUACGGAGUUGGAAGAGUCAAUCAAGCAAUCAGACUUAGGCGUUGCCUCACUCACAAAUUGGACAAAUGAAGUCUUAGCAUGGGAGCUAGACCACUCAAAUCCGAAUCCGUUUGAGAGCAGGGUUACAGCCACAAUGCAGGCGGCCGUUCAUCUAGAGCUACUAAUGCAAGAUGCGCAAGAUUUAGAGGACAGAUCUUCGGUUUCACUUCAUUCUGAUGUGACACCGAGCAUUCUCAUCAGCACGGGUCUGGAUAUUGAGCAUGCACACUUAGGUCAACAUGCAACAAAUGAACAACAAACAAAGAUCCUAGCAUGCAGCAAUAGUCUCCAAUGUUGUAUUGAAGCAUGGACUAAGAUUCAAGUCUUAUACAUGCCAUCUGUCUCUCAACUCCGUGCUACUAAUGCUACCGGCCACAACCGUAUGCCCAGUGAUGAUGAAGAGAGUGGAUGUCCAAGGCCAAGGCCCAAUUCUGUCAAACCUGAGGACUUUCAGCUGCUAUUUCCUUCCGACAUCUGCAGCUACGCACUGUGCGAUCCAAAACUACUUCACAUAGAAUGGUCAUUGCAUUUUGCGCAGGCAAAUGACGCUCUGGAUGAGUGCCGAUCCCAUAUACACCUUUGCCAUCAGCUCUUGCAUUUCAAAGGCCAGCACCUACGUGGACAAUGCACCAAUACUCGGGUGCGGAAGACCAUACAAGCUGUCGAUGACUGGCUAGUCCUCAGCCAUGAUAAAUAUUUGUGUGCGCAUAGCGCAUUGGUCUGCCUGUCAAGGCACAUUGAUCAUGUCAGGUGGGAUCGCGGCCUACAACCACUGAAGAAAACAAACCUCAGACCAAUAGGUGAUCUUGGGGGACAGACUCUGGGCACAGCAAUCAUGCCGUGGAUCUGGCUUACUCAUGGGAUCUCUUCGCAUGACAGCAAGGGGCUGCAAGACACACUCUGCGUCGAAUGGUGUAAGGCAAGGGCCCGACAUAACUGGUGGGAAGAAGAAAUCCAGCUAUUACUGGUUGAGAUGCAGCGCGUGUUGGCAUUUCUCGCAUGGGAAGCCAGACAGUGGGACGAGCGAGCAACCCUUCACAUGGUAGAGUGGUCAGAAUAUGCAGAAGGUCUGAUUGCAUAUGCAAACCGCCAGGGUGCUAUCCAUCAUGGCUUGUCUGCAAGCUUUUCGGGAAUGUGGAGGGAUGUGGGAGCCCUAAAAAUGCUCAACUUGCUCAACUUAGACAUUGGCCGGGCAUCCGCCGUCAAAGUAACAAAUGUGCCGGCUCUCGGAUGGAAGAUAGAUGGAUAA